UAUUUUGUUGCUUCACUCUUCUCAACUUCUCACAAAUGGAUAUUAAAAAUCCAACUCUCGACUUUUGUGCGCGUGAUUCCACUCUAACCUUGUGCAACUCUAAUCUCGCGCGAAGGAUGCCUCUUGAAUGCAUUUUCUGGUCAAGAGUCAAAAAUUCAUUGCGGAUGCAACUACAAUAAAAAAAAAAUAUAUAUAUAUAUAUAUAUAUAUAUAGAUAUACAUAAUAUAAGGCUAAGGAAGGUAUAAAGGGAAAACAUGAACGUUCUAAGGCAAGUAACGUUUAACCUGGCCGCCCUGAGCAGCGUAGGUCUAGGAGGCUGGUAUCUGGGCAAGUUCUCCGAACAGAGGCGAUAUUCGAACGAGAAAGACAAUGAAACGAGCAUUUUAUCGAAGAUGACAAUUCGAAAUAUGCCAGGAUUGCCUUUGUUUGGCACUGUUUCGGCGGCUACUUCUUUGACAUCCGCUGAAAGCAACCGCGAAAUGGGUUCCAAAGUGUCUUCCACCGCUGCGAGAGUGUCGCAGAUUAUGAAAUUUGGUUUUCCUGGAUUGGAUCAUGUCAGAUCGUAUGAGGAUUUUGUGUUGUCGUAUGACAGGAAGAAUAAAGUUGCUCACUGGGUAUUUGAACACUUGGCUAAAGACAGACUACAGCUUAAAACUGAAGUGAAUCGUUCAAAGUGCGAGUUCAAGUCUGAUCAGAGUAUACACCCUUUUUUCAGAUCAGAGAAUAUAGAUUACAAGGGAAGUGGUUACGAUCGUGGUCACUUGGCUGCAGCUGGAAAUCAUAGAAUGGAGCAAAAACACAUGGAAGAAACCUUCUUUCUUUCCAAUAUGGCACCGCAAGUUGGUGUGGGCUUCAAUAGAGAUUCUUGGAAUAGAUUGGAAAAACAUGUUCGAAAAUUGACAAACAUCUAUAAAGAUGUUUAUGUAUGCACAGGGCCAUUGUAUCUUCCCAAAAAAGAAUCGGAUGGAAAGAAAUAUGUACGUUACGAAGUGAUAGGCGCAAAUCAUGUUGCAGUACCUACUCACUUCUACAAGGUAGUUGUUGGUGAAACGAACGAUGGCAAACUGGAUAUGGAAGCCUUCGUGAUGCCAAAUGCUCCAAUCGACGAUAACACACCACUCACUAAUUUCCAGGUGCCACCAGAGAGUAUCGAACGCGCUGCCGGACUCUUAUUCUUUGACAAAAUAUCGCGCAAUAAACUAAGUAAAGUAAAUGGCAAAAGCACAAGCUGACUUUUGAAUUUUCUACAAUCAUAAAGAUUCUUAAUUUCUAAUACAUCGUCAAGUAUAGGUCUAGUCAAUUAAAAAUUCCUAUUGUACAUAUAA